AUGGAGAACUCACAGCAAACACAAACACAAACACAAACAACACACAAACCAGAUCGGGGCACACCUUGGAACGAUUUUGAAAAUGCCCUCCUUCUCUCCUACCACUUCAAAAAAGAGGCUCUCAAAGAAACCUGGUCAUGGCUAUCCAAACAGAUGAUCAGGGAGCUCAACGCUCGAGGCAUCUCCACGGGUCGAAGCUAUAGCACUUCGUCGCUCCAUCAUCACUACCAUUAUCACAAAGAUGCGCUGUAUGCGGUAUGGGGCAAUGAUGGUGUGAAGGCUAAUACCUUUAUCGCUGCCUUGGAUAGGACUGCGCCUGUGUCUCUGCGUGCGCAGGCUGACGAAAUGGUAGAUGACGAGCCAAAAAACUUGUAUCAUUGGAGCGAUUUCGAAAAGGCCCUCCCCCUCUCAUAUAACGUCGAUAGGUUAAGCAAAGAAGAAACUUGGGUCUGGGUAGCAGCACAAAUGAACAGGGAGUCUACCCAGCGAGGCAUCCCUUUGCCUCGAGUCUACAGCGGUAAGUCAAUCCGGCAAUACCUCUUGCGUUUCCAAAAUGUGCUUUAUGCCGAAUGGGGCGAUGACGGUGUGAAGGCGGAUACCUUUAUCGACGCCCUGGAUAGGACUGCGCCUAUGCCUUUCUUGACUGAAAGUCGUCGUGUGCGGGCUGAGAGGGAGCGAGGUACACCAUCAACAAGAAGGGCUCUACACUGGAGCGACUUCGAAAAGGCACUUCUGAUUUCUCUACUAUCACAGCAAGGAACUGAAGAAGGCAUAAUAAACUGGGUGCGGAUAACAAAACUGAUGACCUGGGAGGUCACCCGUUGAGGCCUGCCUUUGCGUCGAAACUACACCCGCAUAAUUGUCUCCCACUACUACCGCGCAUUAAAGCAGGCCCUGGUGGCCGAAUGGGGCGAUGAUGGCGUGAAGGCAAACGCCUUUAUCCGUGCUAUGGAUAGGACUGCGCCUGAGCCUUUACCCGCUGGUGUGAUGCUAGGAGAGGAUACGGGGGUGAGUGGCUCUUCUUUGUCUUUGUCUAACGACGAUACUCUGACUAACACUAAAAUAGGAAACCCUCUGCCGGAUCUCGGACACUCUGCCCUGGACGACGUGCAGGUCGAAGAGCUUCAAGGCAUGCAAUUCGAAGACCCUCUCCUGCAGGAAAUCUGGAACGACAUGCAAUCCAAACCCCUUGCUAACAACUCGCUAACCAAACAGCAAACAGGUACAAGUAUCGCUCAAAACACCCAACAACAGAUACCAACCAGCUCGACCCGGGUUUUGAAAUGAUGACACCUAGAUCGUACAAGAGACUCUACGACGAACUACACCCCUCGACUCAGGAACCAGCACCAAGUCCAUCUUUCAAUCUGCCUAUCCGCUUCCAUGACAUUCCUGGGCCGUCGCAGGCUCAGGCUCAGCCGACUCAAGAGGUGGGAAGUGCACAUCCAUACGGCGUCACCCGCGAGCUGUACAUGCUAGAACGAGAGAAUCAGGAGAUUUUGGACAAGAUGGGCGUUACGGAGGAGGAGUUUUUGGAGUUUCUGAAGCGAGGUAAGUCUGGAUGA